AAAAAUAUACAUUGGACACACUGGUGCUAGGCGGAUGUCUCUACGGCUCUACCAUUCUGCAGCAAAGCCUCAAAGGGUUUAAGCAAGGGUUUAAGGUAAACCCAUAGAAGUAUUAGAAAUCUUCCAAUUUUUCUCACCCAAUCAUUUCAGCUGCCAAAAUGAGAAGAACAACAAUCAAAUUUCUCUUUAACUCCAAAAUCAGAUCUUUAACAACACCCAUUUCACGCAAUUUAACCACCCAGAUUUAUUCAACCCUAGUUUCAACACAACAAUCAACAACACCCACACCAAUUUCAUCAUCUACCCAAUUGAAAUCUUGCCCCAAAUCUAAGGGUUUACUCUUUAAAUCUCCCAAAACCCACCAAUUUCAGAAAAACCCAUCUCAAAAUUUCAACACCCAUGUUGAAAUUCCCCCUCAAUUGUCCUCUAGACAGAGGAAAAUCAAAGAAAGAUCCCAAAUUGAGCAUGAUUUUGAGGCAGCAAAAACAGCUGAAGAAAUGCUUGAAUCUUUCAAAGAAAUGGAGGCAAAUUUUGAUGAGAGUGAUCUUGGAUUAGCUUGCUUGAAAAUUGGUCUUAAACUUGACCAAGAAGGUGAGGAACCUGAAAAGAUUCUAUCUUUUGCUUCUAGAGCUUUGGCUGUUUUAGAUUGUGAUGAUAAAAAUUCUUUACCUGUUGCUAUGACUUUACAGCUUUUAGGUUCUACUAAUCUUAGCUUAAAUAAGUUUAAUGAUGCUUUAGGGUAUCUUAAUAGGGCUAAUAAGAUUUUGGGAAAGUUAGAGGAAGAGGGUAAAUUUGGUGCUGAGGAUAUAAAACCUAUUCUUCAUGCUGUUCAGCUUGAGUUAGCUAGUACUAGGAAUGCUAUGGGUAGGAGAGAGGAGGGUUUGGAGAAUUUGAGGAAGUCAGUGGAGAUUAAGGAGUUUUUGUUGGGUGAAGAUAGUAAAGAAGUUGGUAAUGCCUAUAGGGACUUGGCGGAAUCGUGUGUAGUGAUUUUGAAUUUUAAGGAAGGCUUGCCAUAUUGUUUGAAAGCGUUGAAGAUACACAUGAAACUUUUAGGGGAUAAUUCGGUGGAGGUUGCUCAUGACAGACGGCUCCUUGGGGUCAUUUAUACUGGGAUGGAGGAGCAUGAGAAGGCAUUAGGGCAGAAUCAGUUAGCUCAGAGAGUGUUGAAGAAUUGGGGUCGUAGCUCUGAUUUGUUUCGUGCUGAGAUUGAUGCUGCUAAUAUGCAUAUUGCUCUUGGGAAUUUCGAAGCUGCUAUAAACACCUUGAAGGGUGUUGUUCAGCAGACAGAAAAGGAUAGUGAGAAUAGGGCUCUCAUUUUCAUUACAAUGGCAAAAGCCUUGGUUAGUCAAGAGAAUUUUCCUGAUGCAAAGAGGUGUCUAGAGGUUGCUUCUGGCAUACUUGAUAAAAAGGAGAAGUUGAAGCCGUUAGAAGUUUCCGAGGCUUAUAUGGAGAUAUCUAUGCAAUAUGAGACAAUGAAUGAAUUUGAAAUUGCAAUCUCAUUGCUGAAGAGAGCACACGCUUUGCUUGAGAAGCUGCCUCAAGAGCAGCAUUCUGAAGGAAGUGUUUCUGCUAGGAUUGGGUGGUUACUAUUACUGACGGGUAAGGUUACUCAGGCUAUUCCUUACCUGGAGAGUGCUGCUGAAACUUUGAAAGAGAGCUUUGGUUCAAAGCAUUUUGGAGUUGGUUAUAUCUAUAACAACUUGGGAGCAGCUUAUUUGGAGUUGGAAAGAGCGCAGUCAGCAGCACAGAUGUUUGCUGUUGCAAAGGAUAUCAUGGAUGUCUCACUUGGCCCUCAUCAUAAUGAUUCCAUCGAGGCAUGUCAAAACCUCUCAAAAGCAUAUGCUGCCAUGGGAAGUUAUGCCCUUGCUAUAGAAUUUCAGCAAAAAGCAGUUGAUGCUUGGAGGGGUCAUGGGCGAAAUGCAGAAGAUCAGCUUAGAGAAGCGUGCAGAAUACUGGAGCAGCUAAAGAUGAAAGCGUUUGGUGAAUCCUCAUCCAAAGUGUUACCGACAAAGGCCUUGCCCUUGCCUCACAGUAGAAAUCCUACCAGGAGCUUGCAGCCUAAAAAUUCACCAAGUACUCCUAAGAGACAAUGAGGUUGUUGAGGCCAAAAUUUGAUACACUCUUCCAAAGGGCUACAAUGGUGCUUCAAAACAUCCCUCCAAUAGUGGAUCUUUUCAUUCUCAAAAUUGUAGCUGCUUGAGUACAUUCUGCAGAAUUCAUUUAGGUCCUCUUUCAUGUUUAUUUUUGAUUUUUCUUCUGGAGACAAAUUGAAUACUUCCUUGAAGACAUCAAAUGCUUCAUCAAUUAAGUCCUUAGAAACUCCAUGAUUUAUUACCUGUUCCGAAAAAAAGGGGAAAAAUAGGGCUAUAAUAUUAUUUUAUACAGAUUCAUUUUGCUUCAUAUGAACCCCAAAUAAAAAUAACUUAUAGUAUAUAUUAAUAUUCUAUAUUGAAAUAUGAACCUGAAAUAAUCCAAAAUCUUGAAUAGCCUUCAUAAUAUGCUUGACUGAGUUCUCUUCAUCAUAAAGAUCAAUGAUGGGAAUCUCAACUUUCCCCGAAAGGCCUGAAAACAAAAAUAAGAGCCAAGCUAUUGGUCUAACAAUCUAUACUUAUAUAUUAAAAGACGUUCCUAAACAAGGAACUGUGUUACGUGGUGCUAUCUCUUAAAGUGUUUACUUAAUGUACUUCACGUAGAAUAAAAAAUUAGAAAGAGCAUGGUAGAAGAUUUAAUCAUGUGAUUUCAAAUUACUAUAUUAAUAUCUUAACCACCAAACUAAGUAAUGUUUGGUGUUAUAAUUUCAAAAUAAGAUAUUAAUAAAUAAAUAUUAUAACUAUCCGGGGCAUAGCUCGGGCCUAAAAACUAGUUAAGCUACUAAUAGGAGGCAAAAUGUCGAUAGUGCUUUAGUUAAACUGCCUUUUGCAACUCUCCACAAUUGUUCACUAGAUGAGUGUAAGAGUGUUUGGUCCAGAAGAAUUUUUUUUUUCCCGAUAUUAAUGUUAUUUUAAUUUCCUUUGUUUGGUUUGUAAAGCGUGUUUUUCAUUUCUCCCCAAUGAGAAAAAAAAUCCCUGUAUAUGAAGAAAUGCAAUCACUUCCUCCCUAGUUCUCACCUUACCUUGUUCUUUGUUAUCUCCAUUCUCCCAUAUAUGAUAUAUCCUCUCCACUCCUUCAUUCUUCCUUUUCACUUUCACUUUCACUUUCUUACCUAAAAAGAAAAUGAAGAAACACUAUCUUAUAAUGUUGUUCUUUAUUUUUUGGAAAGAUGUUUUUCAUGAAAAUCAUUUUAGAUUAAACAUGUUUUCCUCCUGACCAAAUAGUACCUAAAUAUUUUUAGGACAUUGUGUAAUUGUACUGUACUAGAGCAACAAACUUACAUGGUCUGCUUUUUGGUGGAAACACAUAGUUUUCUGGAGUUUCGCCAUUUGCAAAACUGCAGUCUGAGAGGAGGUUCACCAUUGAUGAGGACGUAAAUGCAACUUGUGGAAAGUGAAUAUGGUGCAAGUUUAGUCUAGGAGAUGAAGCAGCUUAUAAUACUUUUUUCAGAAAACUAUCUUUUAUAUUGAAAGGAACUUGGCUUUUUUUUUUUGACAGAAGGAACUUGUUAUAUAUGGUAGUUUUAUGAAAGAAUCUUUUAAAAGGUAGUCUUUUGAAAGAGUUUUUUUGGAAAAAAAUGAUUUUUUUUUGAUCCAUAUGAGCCACGAAGGCGGUACAAAGUACAAAGAAGGGGAGGGGGGAUUCGAACCUGUGACCUAUUGCUCACAGCACCUCAAUCUUAACCACUAGGCCAAGACAUCCUUGGUUGAAAAAGUUUGAGUAUAAAAGGUAGUUCUAUGAAACUUUUCCUACUUAUAUUGGGAACCUGUAUCUGUUUUAAAAUCUUUUCAUUAUUAUUAGUAAUAAGGGAAUUUACUAUUGUUAUGAACAUAAUCCUUGUUGAGACCAAUUACUUUCUAUAUGAAUUAUGAAGCAACCGAGUUUUAAGGAAGGAUAUACUCAAUACUCCCUCCGUUUCUUUUAACUUGCACCAUUUUUGUAGUUCCUCUGUUUUCUAAUACUUGCAACAUAUUUUUUUUGGUAGCUUUUUACUUAAAGAACCUUUUUUUAUUAUUCUAGCACAUGUGCCAUGUUUCAUUAUCUUUACUCCUCAGUUCAUGUUUCAUUUGCAUAUGUUGCAAGUAUUAUAAAACGGAGGACCCACAAAAAUAGGGGAAGGGAGAGAUAAAAAGAAAUAAAAAGGACUCUACAAAUUAUAUGUAAUUUUCUAAAAUGAGAAACAUUGCAAGUAAAAAGAAAUUGAGGAAAUAAAACGCAAAUUUGACGAGUCUUGUAAUUAUAUGCUUGAUGUGUUUUCAGAUAUUUUUCAAAAAAUAAUAAAAGCAAUGUUCUUAUAAAUUUGAAGAGUUAUCCCCAUUUAUUGCCCAUUUAUUUUGGGAUGAAACUUUACCUCAACUUUUACAUGGUCCAACUUUUAUUGUUUUCCAUGCUUGGGUGAGAUUUCCAAAUAUGGAUAUUAUUCUAUGAGAUUGAUCAAGUAUUAACUGUAGAAAAACAUUGAAGUUAAGGAAAUUAGAAGGUUUGAUAUCAGAUGGCAUGACAGCUAGACAAAAGAUAUUAAAAGUGUAAUAGUUUCCAAAAGAAUUAUCUUUUCCAUUUAAAGCUUGAUAUACAAUAAAUAACACUUAUCACCCCCACCAAAAACAUCAAAUGCUAAGGUUAAACAUUUCUACUUAUGAGCAAUGGCUAGGUUGGGGAGACUUUCGUACUUAAAAUUUGAUUAUAUGGAGCAUCAAGUGAUAGUGGUAGGUGGCAGGUAAUUUAAUUAAGCCUCUUUUUUUUUAGGUUGAUAGAGGUGACUUUGAUGGGUUGGGUUGGGUUGGGUUGAGUUAGUUAAUAGUUAGCAUUUUCGAAAUGAAUAGUUUUGAUAUAUGAAAAAUCCGUAUAUUCCAAAAGUUUUCGUGCUUCAUAAAUUGUGGUGUCCUUUUGGAUCAAAUAAAAUCACCUUCAAGUUAGAACAUAAUCAUAAUCCCGAGUUUCAUAUAACAAUACAUCUUGAUCUUGAUAACAUUUAGAAAAAACAAUAAUUUUGGCAUGAUUCAAUAUUUGAUCUUAAAAUUAUAAUUUUCAAGUAUAGUAGAUCUAUCCACAUCAUGGCCUGCUUGAAUGUCAAAAUAUUCCUUGUAUCGAAAUGCCUUGUAAAGUGGCGCACAAUUUUCUGCUUCGAGAAGAACUUUUGCUGGCUCAACCAUGCAUUCCAUCGAUGGAUUAAUGAAGAAGACUGCAGUUGUUACUGCUUUGUGCACUAUGGCUUUCAGCUUCCCAUUGCUAAUAACCUGCAAUUUACUUACCUUAAAUCCCGUGUA